UAAACCCUUUCAAUUGGAUGUCAGCAUAAUAAUCAAUAUUAUAAAUACCUACUAUAGUUUCAACUUUCUUGUGAUGUACAUUAAUUGUUUCGUGAUAAAAAAUUCAUCGCCGCUUUGGAUUUCAACUAAAAUUGCGCUCUGGCAUUACACCCAGUUUAUGCGUCAGCGACACUCACAAAUAAUAUACAGAGACGAGACGAUGUGUAAAAAGGAAUUUAAUUUAUUUAUUAUACUACAACUGAUUAUCACUGUAGUGGUCGCAACUGAUAAAAACAACGAUCCAAUCGUGAGGAUUCAAGAAGGUAAACUGAGAGGAGUAGGUGGGAAACUCGUUGAUGGAUCUCAGUAUUAUAGUUUUAAAGGAAUACCGUACGCAACACCACCAUUAGGAAAUCUCCGUUUUAAAGCACCCCUACCGCCACGGCCUUGGGAAGGUGUACGCGAUGCUUCAAAAUUCGGUUCCAUUUGUACCCAAUAUAAUUCAACUAUAAAAGCGGCUGUUGGUGAAGAGGAUUGUUUAUUUUUGAACGUCUAUACAAAAACACUAAACGAAAAUGAUCAGAUUCCUGUGAUGGUGUAUAUUUUCGGUGGCGCGUUCUCAGAAGGAUCUGGCGAUUUCUUUUUAGGAGACUUCCUUUUACAGCAUGAAGUUAUUUUAGUGACAUUCAAUUAUAGGUUGGAAUUGCUUGGUUUUCUGUCAUUGGAAAACGAGGAAGUACCAGGGAAUGCAGCCAUGAAAGAUCAAGUUGCAGCACUGAAAUGGGUUAAAAAUAAUAUACAAUUUUUUGGAGGAAAUCCAAAGUCUGUUACACUUUUCGGCGAGAGUGCUGGUGCUUCAGCUGCUACUUAUCAUAUGUUUUCCAGAAUGUCAAGAGGCCUUUUUCAUAGAGUAAUAGCUCAAAGUGGUGUAGCCAUUCAUGAUGUCGCCGUCGAUGCGAGAGCAAGGGCUUUUAGGGCUGGAAAGAUUCUAGGAAUCGAUACAACAUCUGAAAAGGAGUUGCUAGAUUAUCUUAGAAAAUUAGACGACAAACGUCUCGUAAACUUAACUGUUGCUACUCUAACACCUGACGAAAUGUUGAGGGGACCGCCAGCUCAAUUCGUUCCAGUUAUUGAGAAAAGAAUUCGCAAUUUUGAAGCAUUCAUAAGUGAACAUCCAGUAAAGAUGUUAGUCGAAAAUAAAAUAAACAAAGUACCUUUAAUGAUCGGAUAUAAUUCCGCAGAAGGUUUGAUUGCUGUGAAUUUUCAAGCGACUCUGUUAGAUAAUUACAAUAAAGAACCGUCUUACUAUAUUCCCAAAGAGGUUGUAGACAGAGUCACUCCAAAACAGUUGCGUAACAUAGGAGAUAGGAUAAAAAAGUUCUACGUUGGAAAUGGGAAUUUUACAACAGAUGAUUUAGAUACAAUCUCUGAUUUGAUUACAGAUUUACAUUUCUCGUAUCCUGAUCACAGAUUCGUUAAUUUAUACGCAUCCUUAUACGAACCAAUCUAUAUGUACAGAUUUAAUUUCGUAACGAAGUUAAACAUAGUAAAAAUUGCUCUCGGACAUAGCAAAUUAAAAGGUGUAUGUCACGCUGAUGAUCUAUUUUAUUUGUUUUAUAAUUACUUAAACGAGGAACUGUAUAAAACUGAUGAGCAAUUACGAGACAUCGUGUUUAAAGUGACUAAAUUGUGGACAGAUUUCGCUAAAACAGGACGUCCAACGCCAUCUAACUACUUUGGAGUAAUUUGGAAGCCAUAUACAAAGCAAGGGAAAGAGUAUUUUAAUAUUGAGGAAUCUUUUUCUAUGGGAAACUAUGCCGAUGGAAGAAGAAUGGAGUUGUGGAAUAGUGUUUAUGCUGAAGCUGGGUUGCCGAAUAUAUCCAAUUAAAAAAAAAACAAAUCUCCAAAUAAAUAAUGACCCCAAAUUUUUUGUAAUUAUAAUUUAUAUGCACAUCUUUUUACAUAUUUACAAUACAAACGUACCUACAAUAGAGAA